UCUACCCAGCAGCUGUCACCGCCUCCGCGGCCGCCCGGCAGGUUGUUUCCUGGGAGGGACAGGCAGCGGCGCCCGCUCGACCCGGCGAGGAUGGAGAGCAGAUGCGGGGAGCCGGUCGCCGCCACGCCGCUGCCGCCAUUGCCCAGAAUGAACCUUUGUUAUAGAAUCGCUCAAGACCGAAAGUUAGCGGGAAGAAAACUUUCUACAUAACAGAUAAAUUAGCAAGAGGAUCAGCUUUAUGAGAUGAAAGAUUUGUCUAUAACGAUUUGAAGCAUAUGUACAAUUGUUUCCUUGGGAUCUGAAGUGAUCAUCAGAACAAUAAUUUUGAAACAGCAUGACUAAUUGUAAAGAAAGAUCUGUCAGCAGCAAAACAAAUGGUAAGGCUUAUCAUGGAGAAAGCUUUGUAGAUUGGACUAUAAAUCUAAAUACAAUUCAGUCUGACAAGUUCUUGAACCUGCUUUUAAGUAUGGUUCCUAUUGCUUAUCACAAAAGCCACGAAGAAAGACUUAAAAAAGUGAAUGGUCUCUGGCAAGAUGGAUUACAGCCAACAGGACACAAUUUCAGUGUUAGAACUGAUCAACACACGGAUUACAAUCAUUUUUCAGAACCUACUUUUCAUCAUGGUAGUAAUGGACACAGUUCGUCAAGCUGUAGCCCAAAGUAUGAUAACUUCACAAAUUACAGUUAUUCAGAUGGAAUGGGCACAACAGAAACAGAUGCUAUGCUGCAGGACAACAAUGUAUCUAGUGACGGUGAUGAAGAUGCCAUUGUGGAAGGGAGCAGAAAACAGCCGAAAGAAUCUAGUAGCAUUAUGGCACUGCAGAUUCUUGUUCCAUUUCUGCUAGCGGGAUUUGGAACAGUGUCUGCAGGGAUGGUUUUGGAUAUUGUACAGCAUUGGGAAGUGUUCAGAAAUAUUACUGAAGUUUUCAUCUUGGUUCCUGCGCUACUUGGCUUGAAGGGAAAUUUAGAAAUGACUUUGGCAUCCCGACUGUCAACAGCUGUAAAUGUUGGGAAAAUGGAUUCUCCAAUUGAGAAGUGGAAUCUGAUAAUUGGUAAUUUGGCUUUAAAACAGGUCCAAGCAACAGUAGUUGGAUUUUUGGCUGCUGUGGCAGCAGUUAUAUUGGGCUGGAUUCCUGAGGGCAAAUAUCGCCUUGAUCACUCAGUCCUUUUGUGUUCUAGCAGUGUGGCAACAGCCUUCAUAGCAUCCCUUUUACAGGGAAUAAUAAUGGUUGGAGUUAUAGUUGGAUCAAAGAAGACUGGCAUAAAUCCUGAUAAUGUUGCAACUCCCAUUGCUGCAAGUUUUGGAGACCUUAUUACACUUGCCAUACUUGCUUGGAUAAGUCAGGGUCUUUAUGAUUGCCUUGAUAAAUAUUAUUAUAUAUCUCCUUUAGUUGGUGCCUUUUUCUUGGCUCUGACUCCUAUGUGGAUUAUAAUUGCUGCUAAACAUCCAGCUACAAGAACUGUUCUCCAUUCAGGAUGGGAGCCUGUUAUAACUGCUAUGGUCAUAAGCAGUAUUGGUGGCCUUAUUCUGGACACAACUGUAUCUGAUCCUAAUUUGGCUGGGAUUGUUGUUUAUACUCCAGUAAUCAAUGGUAUUGGUGGCAAUCUAGUGGCAAUUCAAGCAAGCAGGAUUUCUACAUAUUUACAUUUGCACAGUGUUCCUGGAGAGGUACCAGAAGAAGCCAAGAGUUUCUGUUAUCCAUGCAGGACAUAUUAUGGCACAGAAGUAAAUAAUAAAUCAGCCCAAGUUCUUCUACUCUUGGUGAUUCCUGGGCACUUAAUUUUCUUGUACACUAUUCAUUUAAUGAAGAGUGGCCACACGUCCUUGACCCCCAUCUUUAUAGUGGUAUAUUUGUUCACAGCUCUUCUGCAGGUGUUUAUCCUGUUAUGGAUUGCUGACUGGAUGGUUCAUCACUUCUGGAAAAAGGGGAAAGAUCCAGACAGUUUUUCUAUCCCUUACCUGACGGCACUGGGAGAUCUUCUUGGAACUGCCUUACUUGCAAUGAGUUUCCACUUUCUUUGGCUUAUUGGUGACAGAGAUGGUGAUGUUGGAGACUAAGAAUUCAAAUGCACAUGCUCGUUGAUCCCAUUAGAUGAAGAAAACAGACUGCCACUUGGCUUACCAUUUCAUUUGAAGGAUCUCAAAAAGGUAGUUUACCUUGGUUGUGGUAACAAUAUUGGUACUGAUAUUAAAUGGCCUUAACUUAAAAAAAAAAAAGGAGAUGGAACUGCAAGGACGUGCUUUGAAUAUUUCUACACUGCAAAUGAGUAUGGCUGUUGGUAGUUGGCAUUGUCUGGUUAGAGAAAGAGAAAGGUGGGGCCUGUAUUGUGUCAAGAAGAGCAACACCAUGAAAUGUAAGUGAUAGGUGGUAAGUAAUAGAGCACCCCUGGCCUUCAUCACAACUUGGCUGCAUCUCAGUUGACAACCUGGCUGAACAUUUCAAAUUGUAUAGUAGGUUCACAAAAUCAUGUAUUUCUGUUUUGUAGCUAAAUCCUCUGGAAUGAUGCAUUAGGUAAAUGACAGGAUAAAACUGAGUAUAUGAUUAAGAAAAAUCUUUAAGCAAGACAUUCCACAGGUUAUUUGGUAGUCCUUUUGGCAGGUGAGAUAGAAUAGCUUCAGCUGGAAACGGGAAACUUCUAAUAGAGAUAAUACUUCCACAACUAUCAUGCAAAGAUGUUAAUGCUGGUGUUUCAAAAGCUACAAUGGCACACUUUAAAAUGUUCCAUUUUAUCUUUUGCAAUUUACAAUAAAUUGCAAAGGAUAAGAAAUUAGGGCUACAUAAAAGAAGAAAAAGUGGAGUUUCAAUAUGAAAAAACUAGCAUGUAGCUCUCUGAAGAGAAAACAUUUCAAGUUUUGGAAAUGCUUUUAAGAAAAAUUAAACUUGUGGAUGCAUUCUGCCAAAUGGUGCUGUCACAUUGAUCUAUACAGCUGCAAUAAUCUUAGUACUGUGUGGCAGUUGGAGUUCUAAGGACCUUUUCCAAAUGACAUUUUUGUUGUGCAAUAAGAGUGGGUUUGUUACUGUGACGUUGCAGAGGAUCCAAGCAUCUUUCUUCUGUUGUCAGGAUAUAUUGCAUCUUCCCAGUGCAAACCAAAAUACUUCGUUGCUGGGUAAAUGUGAUCUCCAUGCCAACUCCAGUUAGUGCAUCAGCUUCAUAGUGCAGUGUGUGCUUUGUGAUCUGUAGUUAUGUCACAGGCAUCUGUUGGUUAGUGCCUAUGGCACAUUGGUAGUUAUAUGCACACGUCUCAUCAUGUGUCUCCAUCAUUUCAUGUUUUUAAAAAGAUUCCCAAUUGCUGACACCCUUGUGCAUUCUAAGAUUGCAGCCCCCAAUUUUGAGUACUGUUCAUUUCAGUAGAAUUCGUUCUUCUUCAACUGUAUUAGGGACUGCAGCAUCACGUUAUGAGCUUUUAAACCUUUAUUUCCUUUAAUGUGAUUGGAAUUGGGGAACUGAAGGCAGGGGCUCGGGAAAGAGAUGCUUGAACCUAUUAACAUAACAAUGUUGGCUCAGCUAUUGUUAUUUACAUUUAGGAUUUCCCUGAGAGUUGUGUAUUCCCUUGAGUGCUUUUUAGGCAAAAAGGUGGUUAAAAUAUAAGUAAGGCAAAUAAUUUUUCAAAUUCACCCCAUCCCUGAAAUUUCCAAUGAGACUGUGUGUCUCAUUAUAACAAACAGUCAUUGUACACUUUCCAUUAUUUUCAGUGGAAUUUGCAUAAGAUUAUUCCGAUUAUGUACAAUCUUAUUUACAUGAAUGGUCUCAUUGAUAUAUUUCAAAUGUGAAUACUUGAGAUUAGCUAUCUAAAUUCAUGCACUGGGCCCCUUUAUUUGCAUGCUGACUUUUAUUAAAGUAGCCAAAAUAACCAAAAGAAAUAUUAACAGGCAUAGCUGCUUAGCAAGCAGCUUCAUUUCCAUAGAAGUCUAAAAUGCUAGCUGCUGUUUAUCUUCCUAAUUGAAACCUUACAUGAAUAACUUUCCUCAUUCAUUUAAACAAUUAGGAACGUUUUCAUAAUUAUGACUGACUGCCUUGUUGCGGGAAUGAGAAAGUUUGCACAUGUACUAAUUGUGAAGGAAAAUUGUAUACCCCACUAGGUUCCCUCAGUCUAGGUUUAUAUUAUUCAGAAAGGUACCUUGUCUGUAGCAAUGUGGGUAACAUUCCUAUUCAUUUUUUAAAAAAUGGUUGUAUGAUAACUCAUAAUUCUUUUAUUUGGGGAUAUAGCUCUUGAAGCAAUUAAGUUUAAUUCUAAUUAAGCUACCUUCGUAUGGAAUUAUGGUCUGAUUGACAACAAUGCAAUGUUUGAAGUCGCAAUAGAAUUUUAAAUUUAUUUGGAACCAAACCACUGAGCUCCUUAAAAAUAAAAACAUGCAUUUUCUUCUGUUUUUAAUGCAAA